UUGUAUAUGAGUUGUAUGCUCACAUAAGCUAUAUGGAAGUCAAAUUGAGGGACAUAGACGAUUAUCGUCGUCUCUCUAUUCAACAUGGUAUGGACGUCGUGCCCGAAUGCAACGAUGAAGAUAUACAUCAAUUCGAUACCAUUCAGCUUAAUGCUAAGAUAAUGGAUGUUUUGGAAGAUGUGAGCUUAGCUUUCGAGGAAGAUUAUGAAACGGAAGGCCUAUGGGAUGCUGACAAUCAUGAGAGCUUUAUGUUGAGGCGACGAUAUAAUCAGAGUCUAAUGGUAGUGAAGAAAUUGCAAGGUUACAUUUUGAAUCAGUCAGCUGAACCAUCUGGGGAGGCAUUCGAUUUUAAUCAGGGACUCAGAUCUGCUUUGGGGAGAACCCCGUUAGUUGCUUUGAUUCGAGUGAAAGAGAGUUUGAGAAAUUUUCCUCGAAACCAAAUUAGGCUAGAUAUCACUAUGUGCCUCGGCCUAGAGGUGGCCGUCGUGGUGGACGUGCAAGGGGCCGUGGUCGAAGGGGGCAUGGCAGUAGGCAAGGGGGUUUCUAAGAUCCACACGAGCAAAUCUCAUUGCACGUGUGUCUCCUCACGGGCUAUGGAUCACAUAACAGGACUAAGUAUUUCGAAAUUCUGCAAUCGUUGGGAGAGGAUUGGUCAAUUCGGGAGGAUUCUAAUAGAUGAUAUUAUUGAACCAUAUGAGUAUGAGGUGGUGCACGAGGCCGAGGUCGAGAUUGCAUUCGCGGACGAUGUCGAGGCCGCGCUCGACAAUGAGGUGGAGUUCGAGGAUUGGGCCAGUGCAGAGGACAUAGACGAUUAUCGUCGUCUCUCUAUUCAACAUGGUAUGGACAUCGUGCCCGAAUGCAACGAUGAAGAUAUACAUCAAUUCGAUACCAUUCAGCUCAAUGCUAAGAUAAUGGAUGUUUUGGAAGAUGUAGACUUAGCUUUCGAGGAAGAUUAUGAAACCGAAAGCCAAUGGGAUGCUGACGAUCAUGAGAACUUUAUGUUGAGGCGACGAUAUGGUCAGAGCCUAAUGGUAGUGAAGAAAUCGCAAGGUUACAUUCGAUUUUGCUCAAGGACUCAGAUCUGCUUUGGGGAGAACCCCGUUAGUUGCUUUGAUUCGAAUGAGACCGAGUUUGAGAAAUUUGCCUUGAAACCAAAU